GCUUGUAAAACGGUACAGAGAGACGGGAAGAGGGCUAAGAAGGCUCCAGUGUACAUGUCUAUGGCUCUCCCGUAGCAAAUAUAAAGAAAAUCCGUCUUCAUCCUUUUUUAAACGCUUCGCUUUUAAACAGAAAACACCCGGAGCAUAAACUCGACACUUUAGUCUUCAUGUCGAGCCCGAUAUUGUGACGGUGCGACGCUCGGAAUGUUAGAAAACAAACGGUGAAAAAACUGGGAUAAUUAUUGAAGGGGAAUUAGCUUUAGCGUUAGCUUUAGCUGUAGCUUAGCACAGCUGUGAAGCCCAGAGAGUGACUCGAGCACGGAAGAGAGAGACAGAGAAUAUAGACUUCGCGUAUUAUUAUUAUUAUUGUUGUUAUUAUUAUUGUUAUAAUUAUUAUUUCUAUAUAUACAUUUUAUAUUUUUUAUUCAUAUAAUUAAAUCAUUUAUUUUUUGGGAGAGCUAGCUAUUUUUUUUGCUAGCUUUGUAAUUUAGAUAUUUUUUUACGAUGGAAUUGAGAGUCGGGAACAGAUACAGGCUCGGGAGGAAAAUCGGCUCGGGCUCGUUUGGAGACAUUUAUUUGGGCACGGACAUCUCGGUCGGAGAAGAAGUCGCCAUCAAGCUAGAAUGUGUGAAGACGAAACAUCCCCAGUUGCACAUCGAGAGCAAAAUCUACAAGAUGAUGCAAGGAGGAGUGGGAAUCCCGACGAUUAAAUGGUGCGGAGCCGAAGGAGAUUACAACGUGAUGGUGAUGGAGCUCCUCGGCCCCAGUCUGGAGGAUCUGUUCAACUUCUGCUCCCGCAAAUUCAGCCUCAAGACUGUUCUACUGCUGGCUGACCAGAUGAUCAGCCGUAUUGAGUACAUCCACUCAAAGAACUUCAUCCACAGAGACGUGAAGCCUGAUAACUUCCUCAUGGGCCUCGGGAAGAAAGGCAACCUCGUUUACAUCAUCGACUUCGGCCUGGCCAAGAAGUACAGAGACGCUCGGACACACCAGCACAUACCAUACAGAGAGAACAAGAACCUCACAGGCACAGCCCGCUACGCCUCCAUUAACACACAUCUGGGCAUAGAGCAGAGCAGAAGAGACGACCUGGAGUCGCUUGGCUACGUGCUCAUGUACUUCAACCUUGGGUCUCUGCCCUGGCAAGGACUAAAGGCUGCAACCAAGAGGCAGAAAUACGAGCGCAUCAGUGAGAAGAAGAUGUCCACGCCCAUCGAAGUGCUGUGCAAAGGAUACCCAUCCGAGUUUGCCACGUACCUCAACUUCUGCCGCUCCUUACGCUUCGACGACAAGCCUGACUACUCCUACCUGCGACAGCUCUUCAGGAACCUCUUCCACAGACAGGGAUUCUCCUACGACUACGUCUUCGACUGGAACAUGCUGAAGUUUGGAGCGAACAGAGCAGCAGAAGACGCUGAGAGGGAGAGGAGGGAUCGAGAGGAGCGUUUGAGACACAGCAGGAAUCCGGCAGCCAGAGGAAUGCCCUCGGCCUCCAGCAGACCCAGAGGAACGCAGGACGUAGCACCACCCGCUCCACUCACACCCACCUCACACACAGGAAUGGAGCGUGAGAGGAAGGUCAGUAUGCGGUUACACCGCGGUGCUCCGGUGAACAUCUCCUCCUCUGACCUGACUGGCCGGCAGGACACCUCACGAAUGUCCACGUCACAGAAUAGCAUUCCCUUCGAUCUCCACGGCAAGUAGAGAGGCAGCAGCGGGCUCUGUCCCGCGUCACUCCGAGCGGCCUGCAGUCUGCUGUUCCUCGAUGAGCGUCUGCGCAGCCGCAGUCACCCUGAGCAAAUCAAAGCCACACACAGACUCGACUUUUUCUUUUAUUUUUCCUCAACACACUAACACAAACUGUCGCUGAGGGAGACAGAGACACUCUCACUCUCACUCUCACACACACUCUCUCUCUCUCUCUCUCUCUCUCUCUCUCUCUCACGCAGUCACACUUGAAUCAAACAGCCGAGGCGUGUCGUCUCCACGCGCCUAUUCACCGAUUUACUCAGCCCUCGGGAGUGGGCGGGGCUUCAACGGAAGGGGGGAGGGUUAACGACGUUUCUCUGCCUGUCAGUCAUGUGCUGUGGGCGGAGCCAUCACGAGCAGCGCAAAAAAAAAAGAAAAGAACACAAAUCCACUCGGCUUCAGACGGAGCCGUACUCACUGAUAGCCAUCGAGUUUGUGCUUCUGUUUAUGAUUUUAAAUUUUUUAAUCCUUUAUUAUUUUCUUUUCCUCUCGUUUAUUAACGAAGAUUAAACUCAGUUCUCACCAGCUGCAGGUGUGCUGAAUCAUGGGAGAUAACGUUUUUUUUUUUUGAAAAGUUCUCGCAGGCGGAUGAGGGCGGAGCGUAGAGGACAAGAUAGCAUUAACCAUCUUUUUCCUUCUUUCGUUUUGUAACGACGUGUAAUCGUUUUUUUUUUGUUUUUUUUUUUGUGUGAAAUCCAAGCUGUUGAUUUUAUGUUUUCUUUGAGACUUUAGAUCAGAUCUGUGGUGGGGAAUAAACCAGCGUUUUUUCGACAUUAGACGUUUAUUUGUUGUGAGGCGUGAAUAAAAUGAUCACGUGGCAUUCGCUCCAGAAUUCAUUAACGUUUUGUGUUCACGUCUUUUUCCUCUUUUUUUUCUUUUUUCUUCUUCUUUCUCUCCCUUCUUUUUCUCCUCCUUGCAUUCCCAGAAGCUGUGAAGUUCAUGUUGCUGCAGUCAGCGCUCUCUCUCUCUUUCUCCUUCUCCAUGUGUCUUCAGUCUGUCUCUCUUUCCGUCUCUCUCUCUUACACUCUCACUCUCUCUCUGCCCUCACUUUCAAUCUCUCUCUCUCUCUCUCUCGAUCACAUGGCCGUGUGUUAGGUUUGGGGUCCGUGUCCACGUUGUUGCGUUUGUCGUGUUUAAGGACUAUAGCAUGUUGAUUUGGGUUUUUUCUUUUCGGGACGGUUUAAUGACCUAAGAGUCCAGGGAUUGAAUGCAGCUGAUGAUGAAGAUGAUGAUUAUGAUGAUGACGAUGAACGAUGAUCUUCGAGAGAGACGAAGACAUCCAUGCCCUUUAAGCAAACCUCUUUUCUUUUCUUUUCUAUUGGCCGAACGUUCCCCGGGCUUUUAGGCUGAAAUUGUGGGCGGUGCUCCGAGUCGUACAAGGAAAGCGGCGGCUCUCCGGCGUAGUCGAGUGUGUAGGCGUUUCUCUGUAGGCGGGGCCGGGGAUGGGAUGGGGGGAGGGGGGUUGUAGUAGUGCUGAGGAAACUCAUUCUGUUGUCAUGUAUAUAGGACGUGUAGUUGAUCACGAGGUACCGUUUUUUUCCCCCCAGCUCUGUAGCCUCUUUCUUGUUUGAUUGGGUGUGUGUGUGUGUGUGUGUGUGUGUGUGUGUGUGUGUGUGUGUGGGGCAGACUGUAGUGUUUAGAGGGAUGAUAAGGACUUUCUUGCUUCUUUUUCUCUUCUUUUUCUCUCUCUAAAAGUUAGUCGUUUUCUUCUCGUAUUUCCAAGAGCGGCUCCAGUGCCGAUGCGAGCGAGAGCACACAUUGGGAUUGAGCGAUUCUGGGGUUUCCUCCUUUUUAUUUUUGUUUGUUUAUUUUUUUCCCUCCUUAUGACUGAUUUCAUCAUCACCCAAUCACCACACUGUGCUGUAUCUGAUGGAAUGAUGGGAAUCUUCCUGCUUGGGAAGGUUUUAUUUUAUUUUUAUUUUUUUUGUUUCCUCCUCAUUUGUAUUGCCACUGUAUUUGUGUAUUUUAAAUUGUGUAAAUAAAUUAAUAAGUACUUGUA